GGAACAUCGACGAUAUGACCGCCUGGCAAGCUGAUCCCAUGGCGAUCAUCAUUAGCACGCGUUUGGGCUUCCAUGUACCCGCUUGCUAGGCUGGCUUGUUUGCUACAUUUUGAUUAAGACGACCCUCUAUGCCAACAAUAUCAUCGAUGUUCCUCCUUUAUCAUCUAUUCUCGACACAGCUGCCCCCCCGGUUGCUAAUGAAAAGUCCAGAAUAACCAUAUUCCCCGUUCUCAGUAAACGAGAAUAGUCUCUUGAUUAUGCAUUAAGACACCUGCCUCUUGUCUCGCAACUUCGCUUUCUGUCUCGUUUUAUAUUUCCCAGUGUCAAUCCUCUGAGCGACUUGAUGGCGAUUGGUGUACCCCGCGGUCGUCAGGCCCUUACAACUAGUGCCGUCUUUACCUGCUUGGCUACUCUCCUGGUGGUCAUUCGCAUAUACACGCGGGCCUUUCUAGUAAAACAGAUGGGUGCAGAUGACUGGACAAUUCUUGUAUCAUUGGCCUUUAGUUGGGCUUUCUUUGGGGUUUUUGUUGGCGAAACCGCAUAUCUGAUGGGAGAGCACUAUGCAAAUAUCCCUGCCCAGAUAUUUAUCAAGCAGAUGAUUUGCUUCUGGGCCUCAGUUCCUCUCUACCAGGCCAGUCUGCUCACCACAAAAGCGUCAAUCCUUUUACAGUACAAACGGGUCUUCUCAACCCCGCGCAUGCGUGUCGCCUGCUACUACCUGAUCGGAUUCCUAGUCAUCUACGGAGCGUGGACGAUCAUGAGCGCAUGGCUGAAUUGUAUGCCCGUGGCUCGGUUCUGGGAUGAUAGUAUAGACGGCUAUUGUCUUAACAAGAAGGCGCUCUGGUUCUCGAACUCGGCAAUCCACAUCUUCACCGAUAUUCUGAUCAUGGUUUAUCCUAUGCCGGUUCUGAAGAGUCUUCAGCUUCCACGACGGCAGAAGAUUGCUCUGAUGGGUGUUUUUCUCCUCGGUGCUUUCGUCUUGAUCACUAGCAUCCUUCGCUUGAAGAGUUUACUAGUCAUAUCUAAUACCACGGACCCAACUUACGACAACGUCGGCGCUGCCACCUGGUCCGCCAUCGAAUGCAACGUCGCUAUCAUCUGCGCCUGUCUCCCCGGCAUCCGCGCCUUCAUCUCCCGGCUCAUCCCUCGCAUCCUAUCCACCCGCAGCGGAAGCCGAAGUGCCAAAGCCACGACGAACCGGAACGCUCGCAGCCGCAGCCGAAACACCAUUCUUACAGGCUUCCAGACAUCGACGUCCGUCGUUGCAAACGCGCCAGAUUACCGAUUACAGAACCUAGACUCGCGUGGCCGUAGCCCUGGGCACGAUGACCGUGAUAGUCAGAUUGAUAGCCGGGAGAGGAUCAAGGUCACGACGGUGCUGGCACAGGAGUUUGUGGAUAGUGGGAGUGGGAGUACGCCUGAUGAGGAUUCAAGUGUGCGGGGGUUGGUUGAUAAAUAG